AGAUUCAAUACUUAACCAAUGUUCCCAUUUUAUGGUGUAUUUUACAGGUUGAGGAAACUUGCAGAAGAAGAGGAGAGACAGAGACAGGAGCAGAAAGAAAUGGAGAAACAGAAAAGGGAGAAGGCAAAGACAGAGAGAGACACGGAGAGAGAGAGGAGGAGGCAGGAGGAAAAGAGGAGACUUCUGGAUCGGCUUCAGAGAGAGAGGCAGGAAGAGGAAGAGAGAAGAGCAGCUGAGUUAAAGCAUAGGCAGCAGGAGGAGGAGGCUCAGAGGGAGCUGGAGAGGAGGAUGCUGCAGGAGAUGGAGGAGAGUGAGCGGCUGGAGUACUUGCGCAGAAAGCAGGAGGAAGAAGAGGAGAGGAGGAAGGCUGCAGAGGAGAGGAGGAGAGCAGAGGAGGAAGCAGCAACGCAGGUGGAAGAGAAGGCCAGACUGCUAGCUCAACUGACUGCCAAGCAGAGGGCAGCACUGGAACACAAACUUAGGUUUCACCGAAGUCUUUUUGUAGAAGCAGGGGGUCUGGAGCAGACACAGGAUAUCUCUCGGCCCUGGGUUUUCUCCUACUUCAAUCUGCUGCAGUUACUGGGCUUAGCAGAACCUCCAGAGGAACUCUUGAAAGAUGUGCUGUGAAUUUUAAUGUGAUUUGUAGUAUUAAAUGUAGUAUUACAUUAUAUUAAAAGCAGAUAAUUAUUUUUCACUGCCUGGGUCUUUUAAACA